AUGAAAAACAUCAAGAUCCAUGGACUGAAAAUGAAUCUUGCAUUGAAUUCUUCAUCUGUACAUCCAGACCAUAUUGUUGAUCUAUGCUCCCAAUUUGACGAAACUAUCCAGAAGCUGCAGACUGGUGAUGCCAAUGCAUCUGCUGCCAACUUCAUUUCAAUCAACGAAGCAAAUCAACUUCUACUUGACAAACCCCUUGAUGAGCACACACCUUAUCAGAUUGUGUCCUUCCACACUCAGCUUCAAGCACUCCAAAUCAGUGUCUGUACGAAUUCAUUAGAAGAGCAUCUACUCCACAGUGUUGUUCUUGACUCUUACUGGAAUUUGUAUAUGUGGAUACAACAGUUCCAUCAAAAUCCUCAAUCAGCAUUGUGGUUUAGUCAAUUGUACAACCAUGUUUGUGCAAUUCUAGACAACACAGCCAACUUCGGAUUGCCAAUAGUAAACAUAUCUUCAUCCGAUUAUCUAUUGCUUCAACCUUCCAUCAUUUGUACUUUCUGGUGUUCACCAUCUGAUUUGCAAAGAAAUCAGCCUCUCUACGAUCCUAAACGCAAGGAAUGUAUUGAGGAAUUAACAGCGCAAGUCGUCCUAUAUUGA